AUUAUAUUCUAAAAUUUAACAUUGAUGUUUUCUCUAUCCAUUUCAAAAAUGAUAAAAUUUCAGUAUCUCUUGUUAAGUAGAUUAAUACGAUUAGCAAUGCCAUAAGGUUAUUAUUCAAAAUUUGAGCAUAGCAAAAACGAAAAGCGUUGCAAAAAAGGGGGAACGACCAACAUUAAGCAACCUGUCCCGCUCAGUAGCAAUAACGAUCAUCGUGCAAUUGAGCGUUACCUCGCGAGAUCGUCUGCCGGGAUCAUUGAAACCUACCCGAUGAACCUCCCUUAAGAUUGGUCCGAAGGUAAUGACCUUUCUGGUACGGCUCGGCGGAUCUUCGCCUCUCGCCUGGGACGCAUUAAUCAUUUCUAAAUCUGACCCCUCGGCAGGCAUCAGUUUCGCUAUAUUUUGCAAAAGCUUUGAAGCUGUGUAGACGUGUGAAAGGUGCUGACGAGUGCGGUUCAUGUUAGCGCAGAGCAAAAUUUGUGAGUGAUAUUAGAAGAGUUUGGGAACUUGCUUUUACUGCACAGGAAGGGUUCUAGUGAAGAAAAUGCGUGUGAUUUGUGUGUUUCUUAUCGUGUGUGCCACGAUUACGUCUUUUAUCAUUGGAGCUCCAAUAGGCGACGAUCUAAUUAGCUACGAAAACGUGCAAACCGAGGAUGGAUAUCGUUUCUCCUACGAAACAAAGGAUGGACAAGCACGGGAAGAGGUCGGUACGAUCGACCCAAGCACGGGUGUGUUGCGCGUGACGGGUUGGUACAGCUACUACACACCAGAUGGCGUUAUGCAUCGUGUUGAUUUUGUUGCGGAUGAAAAUGGCUAUCGAGUCGAAAGCGAACCGUCGUCCGUUGAGGAAGAAUUCACACCAAAUGUGGAAGCUGGUCCUAUCGAUAGGACGGUGCUGCUUUCCCUUGUUGGAUAGGGAUAUCUUAUAAUCUGAUUUAAAUUGAAACAUUGCAACAAAUGCUAUUUUCAAUGACAGUCAACAUCUCCAACGAAAAAGCUAUCAGCUCAGAAUGAUAAAAAAGCGUCAAAAAUGCAUUAGAUAAUAUUAGAUCACUUUCAUCGGGUCGUUAAAGAGGCUAUACUUUCAGGGCUGUUUUAGGUACAGGUAUUCAAAAUAUCUACACAUAAUAAGGGUAAUCAAAAGGUUAACAGAAUAAACGGGUAAAUAAAAUUGCAUAAAUUACCAUGUGAUGCGUAACUGCAA